AUGAAUCUCCAUGAUUUCCAGGUGCCUUUUACAUUUCUCGACCUAACAAAGCUUCGCGAUGCUCCAUUCCCACCCUCUACCGUACUGGCGUCGUGGCCCUUGUCUCGAGAUGAUAACGAAAUUGCCGCAGGAGCUAUAGUCGGUCUCGCGGAUGGAUCCGCUCUCCUCCUACGUAGCUCGGAAGUUCAGGAAAAGCGAAGCAGUCACACAAAAUCCUCAUCUCCGCGGUUGAGCUCAACAGCACCGUCGCGAACAUCUGCGACUGCCUCGCGUUCAAAUUCCCCAUCUGGAUCACAUAGCUCGCACAUCUCACCAUUUUCAGUUACUCAAAGGUCCAGAGUGGUCUCCGGAAUCACCAGCGAACAAGUCGAAGCCCCGAAGAACUACGUUGAUUUUGAUGAUGAACCGGAAAAACUGAAGGAUCUGCUUAAAGGUCGUGGUCCUAGAGAAAAGGCGAGCUUGGACAGUCAUCGAGAAAAGGAUGGCAAGACGCCAGCCUCAGCUGAAUCGAAACUAUCUACAAGGAAACGGAAAGAGCCUCCAAAGUCAAUGCUAUCUGCCACUGCGUCUCCCGCUCUUUCUCCUUUAUCUAUUUCGGCCCCCCCAUCUCCCAAGGGCCCUUCUCAGACUCGAGUAUCCAGAGAGUUUGAGCUCGUUUGCCACAUGGUCCCGCCUCGAAUCGGACAAAGACAUCGUGUCACUGGUAUAGAGCUGUUGCAUAAUAAUGAUUUGAGUGCGGUGCUACAAGAAUCUGGGAGUCUCGCUAUUCUCUCUAACCGAGACGGGAAGAACUUGGCCAAUGUCCAAAUCGCCGAUACGAAUCUCUCGUCUUCUGAUGGAGCCAAACAUAACCAUUCUAUACAUGAUGUUUGGCUCUGGACCCAUUUGCGCUCGUACGUUGCUGGUGAGAACGUCCUACUGCUAGCCUCCGGCACGGUUGCUCCCGAGUCUGUUUCUACAAAUCUUAGUGAUCCCGAUGAAAAUUUGAAGGAUAGAUGUAGAGUUGUCCUUCUCGAGCUGUGUACAAACCACCUCAUAGGCACACUCGAAGUUAAAUUGGAACUUAUCGGACAGUGGUUUUGUGAUGGGCUCCCACAGGCGGUCGGUCUACAUUGCAUGAAAGAUUGUAAGCUAUCGUUUGUGUUUUACUCACUAAGCUCGGAUGGUAGAUUCGCUGUACAAAACUUACAUAUCUUACCAAACCUACCUAUCGUAACCCCAACGAAAGGCCCACAAGAACCCCAGCUCAACCUAAACUUCGUUGCGUUGGGUCCCCUUCCGAACCCUUUCAAGAGUAAGCCCAAAUCUCCUGACGACGACAUCUACGUGGAACCCACCCCAAAGUCGAAUAGAGUUCAACUGGACGACGCAUUUGUUAUCGGUCAACUUUGUUCAGAAGGUUCUCAGCUUGCCUACAACUUUUCAUCGUUUGGUGAUGACUUGAAAGGUGUAGGCUGGUCUGAGAAUGAACUGGUUGCUUUCAACUAUAUAGAUGGAAAUUUCAUCUCGCUCUUUUCCUACCCACUAUCUGAUGUUUCUGGUGCACGGUGGUUAGAUCCUAAUACGAUCGCUGUUAUGAUUGAGAGAUGCGAAUUAUACAAAACAGUGGCCGUUGAUGCAAGUGGCGAAGAAAUCCCGUCCUCCGCAACCACUGGGCCGGUUUUGUCACAACCCAGAUUGUUCAAAGCGCUUUCAAUUGCCUCGUUCGACGCCGUAGAAUUCGCAACGGCUUUCGAGCUUCUGACCGUGGAUUGCAAUCAUCAAGUCACCAGAUAUUCAUGGUAUGAAAAACCACAGCGGUCACCAGAGAAUCUUGUUCACACUUUAUGGCGUCGCCCAAGAGACACUUCACCAAAUUCGGUCAAACUAACCGCAAUAUUGCCUCUUGAUCUCGAUUCCAUCAUCUUGGGCUUUUCUAACGGAUAUCUUCGCCAGUCGUCAUUCCUCAAGCUAUGUGAUGAGAAACUCUCCAGUCGUGACUGUUCAGCGUGCUCUGACUUGGCAUUGGAUGGCAAGAUCGUUAGUCUACAUUUAGCCACCAAUGAAAGAACAAAUGUCAAGUAUUUGGUUGGUGGAGGAGAUGAUGGUUCAAUCGCCAUUUGGACCACAGAAUUGAAACUAUGUGCACGAUGGAUCAUUUUCGGGACUCCUCUUCACCAGAUGGCUCAAUUUCCCAGAAUCAAGGGAGCGCCAUUACGGGAUGCUAUUCUUUGUGUAUCAGAAGACGGAACUAUUGCAGUCGUCGCGCUAGACGGAUUCCAAUUUUUAUAUGUUGUUCCUGGCUCGCCAUUCCCUUUGCAACGAGUUUUCCUAGGAGAGGAUAAUCUACUCUUGGCAUACGCUGACCAAAGAUCACGAUUGUGGGACGUCAAGACUAGAGAAUUUUGGCGGUCAAUGUCCAUGGAUAAGGCCGAGGAACUCUUUGCUCAAGGUGGCUGGACAGAAUUAGACCUUGAUAACGGUAGAAUAUCCUUGAAUCGGGUUUUGAAGAAUGUAUCCUCCUGUAAUCGAAGCCCGGAUGUCGAUUGCACUCUGACUUUGAACCUCAAUACCUUCAUUUCUGAUUCUCUUUUGGUUAUCAAAUCUCUGAGUACGAACAAAACCCAAACAAGAAAUAUUUUGCUGGCCCGGGAACACCUACAGUCGGCCUUGUCCUUACUUUUGACCCCUGGUUUGAAUCGGGAUAUUGACACCAUAUGUUCUGAGCAACUUGGCGUUAAACAAACUAAUGCAUCAGUGGGAUUUUCUAAGGACGGAUUCAUAUCCUUGUAUCACUAUCCCCAAUCUGAACAUUGUUGGUGCCUUUCUGGUGAUGUUUCUGCGGCUCGGGCUUUGGCUAUAGUUGCAACCAUUCGUGCUCUCAGUGUUUUCGAAGAACUCUCGGAAAGUGCUAACACAGUCAUGGCUUUCUAUGCUACGGGAUUAGCAGAAUCCGUAGGACACGCCUACAAACCUCCAAAUCUAGCUUUUCUUGCUCGGAGGUGGUUCGAAAGCUCCAGUGAACUUCGACAUUCUGUGCGACUGCUGUUCGAUGCAGCUGUGAUCAAAUUGACUGAUGAAGAAACCAAUACGAUUGUUGGUGAAUGGCAGCAUCAACUACCCUGCCUACAACCCACUGCUGACAAAGAAUCUGCCUUGGCUGCCCUCUCCUUGUUUCUUUGUGGAUACCUUGCAGCAGACAGAUACAGUCUACUUUCUUCCAGCGCACUAAUAGACAUUGCCAAAUCCAUCACCAUGUAUCUUCAUGAUGAACAUUCUGUUCACCGCGUUUUAGCCAUUGAUUUAUGUUCACGGGGAUUUCACGUUUGGCAGCAUUAUAUCGAUGCUCUUGAGAUCCUGCGUUCUCUGUUCUCUCUUGCCACGAGCUCCAAGAAGGAAAGUAUCAACGCACAAAACGUCGGUGCUCAGGCGAGAAUAGCUAUAUUACAUAUCGCCUCAUCCAAUACACCUUUGUUUAUGACGACUUUGGGUCUCGAUAUAUUGAACCCCACGAGCACAGAGCACAGGAAAUCGGUCAUGCAAAUUGUUGCGUUCUUGAUCAAAAAGGCAAGACUACGAUGGCGACCUCUAGUUCUUUAUCCGAAUCUGCCUAAACUGAUGGAAGCAGUGGUCAAAUCUUUGGAUCCCAACUCAACGGCGGAUCGUGAUGCGGUCUUAGAUACAGCAACCGAAAUUUUGGGCUAUGUAGUGAAAACUUUUCCAACUGUGGACUUUCACAUGCCCAGCCAGCGACUUGCAGUUGGUACCAGCGAGGGUGCGAUGGUGAUGUACGAUCUGAAGACUGCUAUCCGUCUUUACGUGUUGGAAGGACACAAGAGGAGCAUCUCGGCGUGUAGUUUCUCACCAGACGGGCGGAGAUUAGUGAGCCUGUCUUUGGAGGAAAGUGUGGUUCUGGUAUGGAAGGUUGGAACAAGUUUUGUUAGCUUUUUCAACCCGGGUGCACCCCCUCGACAAGGUCACUCCGGAACGGAGCCUUUCAAGACGCUAUCCUUCAACGUCGGUGAUGCUGGAAACAUGUCUGUCGCUGAGACGUUGCAGUUCGUGCAUUUUGACUGGACUGCUGACCGAAGUGUCAAAUUGAAGAUUCGAGAUAAUAUACUUACAUUCAGCACUUAA